AUGAAGUUUUCUACUAUCGCCAUUGCAAUCUUUGCUACUUAUUCUUUUGCUGCUCCAGUUGCUGAAGCCAAUGCCAAUGCCAACGCUGAAGCCCUUGCUGCUCCUAUUGCAUUUGCUGCCGCCAACGCUGAGCCUGGUAAGAAAAAGAAGUGGAAAAAGAUGAUGUUUGGUCUCACCGGAGGAAAUGCUGGUACUACUACUACAACAACAACUACUGGUGCCGUUGGCGGGGCUGGUGGUGCAGGUGGUGCCGGCGGUGCCGGCGGUGCAGGUGGUGCUGGCGGUGCAGGUGCAGGUGGUUCGACUUCUAGCAAUAACAAUAACAGCAAUGCUGGAAAUAACAAUAACGUUAAUAACAAUACAAACAACAAUAACAACGGAAGCUCCAAUGGCAGCAGCAACAGCAAUCUGGUCUCUAUCUUUGUUGCUCCUGGUGGUCUUUUGUCACCUAACAACUCUGUCAGUGGAUCUAUUCCCUUCACAGGAACCCUGAUCAACGGCGUUUUGUACGGUAACUCUCCCAGUAUUGGUGGCCUGGGCAAUGUCAUUAUCAACAAUUUUGGUCAGCUUCAAGUUGUUCAGACAGCUGGUGCAGGAACUGUUCCUACUUGGGUUAUUCAGAAUGGUGGAAUUCUUCCCAAUGGCCAGAACCUGACUUCUUGCCCUGAUACUCAAGGAAAUGUUUUCCUUUACUGUUCCAACACUUGCCCUGACGGGUCUGCUGCAAGACCUUUUGACUUGGCAGCAGACUACUCUUCUUCUCCCCUAUAA